AUGCCAAAUUUCGGCAAUCUUGAGCCUUUCGAGGGAGGAGGCGAUGACUGGCCCUGCUACGUGGACCGGCUGAAGGCAUUCUUCACGGCGAAUGACAUCGCUGAAGACAAGCGAACAGCCGUCUUCAUCAGCUGCUGCGGGCAGAAAACGUAUGCGUUGCUUCGCAAUUUGGUCAAGCCUGACCAGCCAAGUGACAAGACGUUGGACGAGAUUCUGUUGGUGCUAGGAAACCACUACUGCCCGAAGCCUUCUGCUGUUGUGCAGCGGUUCCGUUUCAACUCGCGCGUUCGCGCUGAAGGAGAGUCCGUCAGCAACUUCAUUGCAGCGCUGAAGAGCCUUUCCGAGCACUGCAACUUCGGCAAAGAGCUUGAAAACAUGCUCCGCGACCGCGUCGUGUGUGGCAUCAACAACGCAGACGUCCAAACAAGAUUGCUGGAAAAAGCGGACCUGACUUUCGAAGACGCAGUGCAGACCGCCCUAGCAAUGGAAGCAGCAAAGAAGGAUGCAGGGGAGAUAGCGCAAGCUCACGCUAGCACCUUCUUUUCCACCCUCCGCGUCUCGGCAGCGCCGGUGGGCGUGUCCUGUUAUCGCUGCGGGGAGGCACACCUGGCGUCCGCUUGCCGGCAUGUGAAGACCGUCUGCAGUUACUGCCACAAACGCGGCCACUUGGCGAAAGUUUGCAAUACGAAACGAAAAGACGAGCAAUCACAGAGUGACGGGUCUCCCAGACCCCGUUCGUUCGCGGGCCGAAGUUCACUGUCGGCGAGCAACCGUCAUCGCGUAAAUACUGUCCAGGAUGAAGCCUCCGCUACAGCUUCGCCCGCCAAAGUUUUCGACAUGUGGUUAGUUGACUACACCAAGGCGCCUCCACCUUUUACCGUCAGUGUUGAAGUUUGCGGCAAGCCGCUACGCAUGGAAGUGGACACGGGGGCGAGCGUCUCAAUCAUUGCCAAGUCGCGUUUGCUACAGCUUCUACCUUCAAUUCCGCUGCAGCCGUCUCAAGUAUUUCUGCGAAGCUAUUCCGGGGAUUUAAAGAAGGUACAAGGCAAAGCUGAUGUCCAUGUAAAGUUUCAUGGCAAGGAGGCUCACCUACCAAUUUUUCUGGCCGGAAACGAAUCACCCACUCUGCUCGGACGCAACUGGAUGCAAGAAUUGGGCAUCGGCGUCUCCGACGUUGAAGUGAACAUUCAUGCACUUGCUGAUGUGAAACACGUAGUGCAAGAUUACACUGAAGUGUCUGAAGAAGGUUUGGGUACGUUCAAGGGUGCGACAGCUUCACUACAUGUACCUUCAGAUGCUCCACCACGGUUCUUCAAGCCACGCCCACUGCCGUAUGCUUUGACAGACGGAGUCACGCAAGAAAUUCAGCGAUUAAUAAGAGAUUCCAUCAUUGUUCCGGUGAAGACAGCUAGGUGGGCUGCCCCAAUUGUUCCCGUGACAAAAAGGGAUGGGUGCAUCAGAAUCUGUGGGGACUUUGGUGUCACCAUUAACCCAGUCGCGACGGUGGAACGCUACCCUAUUCCAAGAAUUGAGGACUUGUGGACUGUGCUGGCCGGAGGUGAGAAAUUUACAAAGUUGGACUUGCGUGACGCAUACCAGCAAGUCGUCCUGGAUGAGGCCUCUAGAGAAAGUUUAUCAAAAGCAGAGCAAAACUAUAGUCAACUUGACAAGGAAGCACUGGCCUUGGUGUUUGGCGUGGAUCGGUUCCACCAGUACUUGUGGGGCGUACCGUUUGAAGCACACACUGACCACAAGCCACUUCUUGGACUUCUGGGUGCCAACAAGCCUGUUCCUGUGCAGGCUUCGCCAAGAGUGGUCAGAUGGGCCCUGAAGCUCUCCGCGUACAAUUACAAACUUGUCUACAAACCUGGCAAAGAGCUCGGGCAUGCCGAUUCGCUUAGUAGACUGCCGCUGCCCAACGAUUGCACUGCAUUUCCUCGCCCUGCUGAGAUCUUCAUGCUGGAGGAGGCAUAUCCACAACUCCUCUCACCAGCUGUUGUAGCGCGAGCCACAAGAGACGAUCCGGUAUUGAGCCAUGUUGUCCUAUCUGUGUUGAAAGGAGAAAGCCUCCCAGCGGGACCAGAGUGGAAACCCUUCAGUGCCAGAAGUGCAGAACUCAGUCUCCAUGAAGGCUGUCUACUAUGGGGAUCAAGAGUCGUGAUUCCGAAAAAAUUGCUGGCCCAGGUACUUGGUGUGCUUCAUGCCAGCCACCCGGGUAUUGAGAAGAGCAAGAUGAUCGCCAGGAGCCAUGUCUGGUGGCCAGGCAUUGACAAUGACAUCGCAAACAGUGUGAAGAGCUGCGCUACGUGCCAGGCUCAACAUAGAGCUGCCCAGCCAGUGCAGCAGACACCCUGGCCUUUUCCACAGCGACCUUGGUCUAGGCUUCACAUUGAUUUCGGGGGACCAUUUCUAGGGCAUACCUUCUUGGUUAUAGUGGACGCCUUCUCGAAAUGGAUAGAAGUCUUCCCUGUGUCUUCCACAUCAGCAGACGCUACCAUUUCUGCCUUGAGAAUGGCAUUCGCCCAGCACGGCCUCCCUGACAUCAUAGUUUCGGACAAUGGUCCUGCUUUUACCAGUGCACAGUACCUGGACUUCUUGACUCGAAAUGGAAUACGUCGCAUGCUGGUACCGCCGUAUCACCCUGCGUCCAACGGUGCCGCAGAGCGAGCAGUACAGACUGUCGAAAACAAACUCAAGAAAUCUGGGUCGGGCAACUUCCAAACACAACUGUCCCGGUUCUUAUUCCACUACAGGACUACACCUCACGAAGUAAUGGGUCGGCCACCGUGCGAACUCCUCACAGGGAGAGCCUUCAAGACACCGUUGGAUGUCUUGCGGCCAAGCCUGCAGACGUCGGUACUUGUAAGGCAACUUAAGCAGAAGUUGUAUGCCGACAGAGGAUCCCGGCCAGCUCCGUCAUUGCAACCAGGAGGCAGCGUGUAUGCGCGAAACUUUCGACAGGGAGCACCAUGGGUGCGGGCCAGUGUUGUCGACAUCACCCCGCCGUCGGCCCGCGUCAUUCUCGACGAUAGGUCUAUAUGGCACCGACACGGUGACCACUUGCGUCUUGCCCAGACAGGGCCACCGGGUACAUCUGAAACGGAUGCACUUCACCAUGCUAGUGCUGCGGCCAUACCACAAUGGGAACAGCCUCCUCUCCGUGAAUCAACUGUUCCGGACAUGCCGGAGCAAGAGGCUGUCGAGCCGUCUACAAGCGCUGCUACCACUGCGGCCGCUGCUGACCUGGACGUCUGGCAUGUCACUGUCAAAUUUUCGCCAUUUUGGGCGGACUCACCCGAGGUAUGGUUCACCCAAGUCGAGGCCCAGUUCUCCCUGGCGCGCAUCGCACAAGACCAGACCCGCUACGAUUAUGUUGUCGCCCACCUGGACGACCGCUAUGCCAUCGACGUCCGAGAUAUCCUUGCCAACCCACCAACGGCCAACCUGUACGAAUACCUCAAGACCGAACUCAUCCGCCAGCUGCCACUCUCGAAAGAUCAGAAAGUGCGACAACUUCAGUCCGCAGAACUUGCCGAGCGCAAAUCUUCGCAGUUACUCUGCCACAUCUGUGCUCUCACAGUCCAGUGCUACGCCCCACAAAAGACCAACACUUGGCGCGUCCCCAACCAUUGCCCGCUCAGCUACUACUGCAGAGACGCAGGCCACACCUACUGUCGCUGCCGGUACGGCGAGAUGGGCCUGCAUGGCUUCACCAUCAAUGCACCAGAUCCAGAGCGAGGCGACAAGUUGGGCCAGCUGUGCAACACAUCUCUCAUCGAUGGACUUGAAGACGGGCUACUGGCAAAUUGGAGUCAAUGA